AUGGCUUCACUUGCCUCCCAGCCCCGUUACAUCUACAAGAUUGUGCCCUCGACCUCGCCAGUGCGCGAACCAAUGCCCGAGAAGCUUGCUGUAAGCGAUCUCGAUGAAGGUUCUGGAUUUAUCCAUCUGUCAACGGCGCACCAAGUGGCAAAUACCCUGAAAACUUUCUUCACAGAAGAGCCCCUGGUGUAUGUGCUACGAAUCGAGUAUCACCGCGUUAUCCAAGACAUCAAGUGGGAAUCCCCGGAUGGGAGAGUGACUGGCCCUCGUCCUGGAGAAGGUCUUUUCCCCCAUCUCUACAAUGGACUCAGAUUGGGUAGAGAAGAGGUCGAGAGUGUUGCCAUUUGGCAAAAUGAUGAGGGAUGGGACAAAGCCCUUACCGGGGCAAAGCCAUGGCUUCUGAACUAG